AAAAAAAAAAAGAAAGCAGGCCAACUCGGGAGACAGGCAGACAGAUACCUAGCGGGAUGCUGGGUCCGUCCUUGAGCCAGUUGUUUCUGAUUAAUGCCAUCCGACUCGAAGGAUGCAACGGAGCACGGCACAAAAUGCAAAUCACCCGGCGGAAUAAUCAAAUCGAGAACGAAACUGAGCAAGGCGAGCCGGGGGAGGGCGAGGCAUCAAAGUUGACGACGAACGGAAGCUGCGCUGCUGCUGCACAAAGCCAGCACCAAGGCACCAUUUCACAAUGGCACUUUGCCCAAGGGCAAAGGACGAACACAAGGCUCAGACUGUCUCACAUUUUGACAGUUUAUUUCAUAGGAUUUCAGUGCCAUUGAGCGCCGAAUGGGAAUUUGCUGCUGAAUUGUUGCAUGUUAGAUUGGCAUGCGGAGAGACACUGGCAUGUGGCAAGGAAAUGAUUCGAUACGUUUACGGAAAAAAUGCAUUGGCAUGAACAAAAAUAAAAAGGCGAUCAGGAUUUCGUGGAUUUAGUAGUUAGAAAUUUAAGUAUUAAAUUAGAUUUCCGUAGGUCAUAUUAUUCGUAUACGCAAUUCAAUAGUGCCAAAUAUUACGUAUACGUAAUCUUACCAUUGAAUAAACCUAUUUCAAUGCCCUAAAAUAGGCCAAAAACA